AUGUUUUUGCAAACGCCUUAUAAUUCUGUGAGGAAUCCUCCUGACGUUGCUUCUAGUUCUGGGUCAAGUGAACCAUUGGCAAAUUUGGAAUCUACAAACGACCAGAAAGAAGGAGAUUAUCUGCCCAAAGUCAGUUAUGAACAGGAAGUAGACAAGUUAUUGGAUGGUCUUGGUCCUAGAUACACAGAUUGGUCUGGAUGUGAUCCAUUGCCUGUCGAUGCAGAUAUGCUUCCUGCAACUGUUCCUGGUUACCAACCUCCCUUUAGAGUUCUUCCUUUUGGAGUGAGAUCAACACUUGGUUUAAGAGAGGCAACUGCUCUACGAAGGAUUGCAAGGACCCUUCCUCCACAUUUUGCUUUAGGUAGAAACAGACAACUUCAAGGAUUAGCUGUAGCUAUGAUUAAAUUGUGGGAAAUAAGUUCUAUUGCAAAGGUUGCACUCAAACGAGGUGUACAGCUAACUACCAGUGAGAGAAUGGCAGAAGAGAUUAAGAAAUUGACAGGUGGUAUACUGCUGUCCAGAAAUAAAGAUUUCUUGGUCUUCUUUCGAGGAAAGAAUUUUUUAUCAGCAGAUAUCACUCGAGUCUUGCUGGAGAGGGAAAGAACAGCAAAAAUAAUGCAAGAUGAGGAAGAGCAAGCGAGACUGAGAGCAUCAUCAUUGCUUAUACAGACUAAUAAUACAUCAGAGCUGUCAGCCGAGGCGGGGACUCUUGGUGAAACUAUGGAUGCAGAUGCAAAGUGGGGGAAAACAUUAGAUGGGCGUCACAAGCAAAAAAUAAUGAGAGAAGUAGAACAAUUACGCCAUGCCAACCUUGUUAAAAAAUUAGAACAAAAGCUUUCCCUAGCUGAAAGAAAGUUAAUGAGAGCUGAAAAAGCCUUAGUGAAGGUGGAGUUGUCGCUGAAGCCAUCAGAAUACAAAGCAGAUCCUGGAAGUAUAACUGAUGAAGAGAGAUUUAUGUUUCGCAAAUUAGGAUUGAAGAUGAAAGCUUUCUUACUUCUUGGUAGACGUGGAGUUUUUGAUGGUACUAUUGAGAACAUGCACUUGCACUGGAAGUACCGGGAACUGGUCAAGAUAAUUUUAAAGGCUAAAACCUUUGAACAAGUAAAGAAAAUUGCACUAGCACUUGAAGCAGAGAGUGGAGGUGUUCUGGUCUCAGUUGAUAAAGUUUCAAAAGGAUAUUCUAUAAUUGUUUUUCGGGGUAAGGAUUACAAGCGUCCUUCAACAUUGAGACCCAAAAAUCUUUUGACCAAGAGAAAGGCUUUGGCACGUUCAAUUGAGCUCCAACGACGUGAGGCGAUCUUGAAACAUAUUAAAGCUAUGCAGGGUAAAGUGGGGAAGCUAAGAUCUGAAAUAGAACAAAUGGAGAAGGUAAAGGACGAAGGAGAUGAAGGCUUGUAUGACAAAUUGGAUUCUGCCUAUGCUACUGAUGAUGAGAACUCCGAGGUGGAGGAUGGUGAGGAGGAAGAUGAGGCAUAUCUCGAGACCUAUAAUAGCGAAGAUGAUAGUGAAAUUCUAAGUGAAGUUGAAAGUGAUAAUAUGUAUUCUCCAAUCUGA